CUUAUCCGUCUGCUAGAAGCGUGAGGACGGUCUGGAGCGUUACGUGGAGCUGAGGAGUGAAAAAUGGAUAGAAAAGGUGAAAAGAGUGAAGCCAAAGGCAAAGGAGAAAGCAAAACUUCUCAGUCUGACAAACCAGAGGACUUUUUACAGGUAGAAAGAGUACCGAAUUUCAGCCUCCUGCCCAAGAGUGUGAAGAGAAGAGUUUAUGCCCUGAAGAGACUCCAACUCCAGAGUGCGAACAUAGAGGCCAAGUUUUACGAGGAAGUCCAUGAACUGGAGAGAAAGUACUCUGCGCUCUACCAUCCCAUCUUCCACAAGAGACGAGAGAUUGUGACUGGGGUUGUUGAACCCACAGAUGAGGAAUGCGAGUGGCAAAGUGAAAAGGAGGAAGAGGAGCUUGCUGAGGAUUUGCAGAAGAAAGCUGCUCUGGAGGAAAAGCAGGCCGAUUCAGCCAGUGCUGUCGAUCCGAAAGGCAUUCCGGAAUUCUGGUUAACUAUCUUUAAACAUGUGGAUAUGCUGGGUGAAAUGCUGCAGGAGCAUGAUGAGCCAAUCCUGAAACACUUGCAGGACAUCACUGUAAAAUUUUCUGAGCCUGGACAGCCAAUGAGUUUCACGUUAGAGUUCUACUUCGAGCCCAACAACUUCUUCAGUAACACAAUCCUCACAAAAGUCUACAAGAUGAAAUCGGAGCCGGACGCAACAGAUCCGUUCUCUUUCGAAGGACCAGAGAUCGUGGACUGUGAAGGUUGUAAGAUUGACUGGCAUAAGGGCAAAGACGUGACGGUCAAAAUCGUUAAAAAGAAACAGAAACACAAAGGAAGAGGAACCGUUCGGACAGUCACCAAAGAGGUUCCACAAGAUUCCUUUUUCAAUUUCUUCAACCCUGUGAAAACGUCACCUGAUGGAAUGGAUGAAGACUUGGACUUCACUCUAGCUACAGACUUCGAAAUCGGACACUUCUUCAGAGAGAGAAUCAUCCCCAGAGCAGUGCUUUAUUUCACAGGAGAGGCCUUGGAAGAUGACGAGAGUUUUGAAGAGGAGGAUCUUGAAGAGGGAGAGGAGGAGGAUCUGGAUGAGGAAGGUGAAGAAGAGGAAGAGGGAGAUUUUGAUCCCAAGGCAUAAUUCAUUUCUCACUUCAUGCAUUUCUAGAAAGACCCUCCACCUGCAGAGUGUAAACAGCAGUAAGAAUCGUGAAAGGAUAGUCAUGGCACAACUCGGCUGUCCGUAAAAAUAGACAAUAAGGCCACAACAAUGUGAAUGUGGGCCUAACCUCCUUGUGGACUUGCCAUAGUCAACUAAUGCAAUAGAAAGCCAAACGCUGUUUAGGAAAUGCAUGUUCAUUUAUUGUUCUACUGUUAUGGUUUACUUUUUACAGAGAUGACCUCUGCACACAAACUCAGUGUUUUCAUAAAUCAUGUGAUACUAAUUGUGCCCCAAAAUUUAGUCCACAAUAUGGAAAAAUUUAUACAAAACAACUACUUUUUUGGACUAAGAGCACUUUUCUAUAUUCUAAAUGUUUGCCUAGAGCUGGUGUCUAAAUGAGAUCUAGCAAAGUUUGCCACAUACACCAAUCAGCCACAACAUUAAAACCACCUGCCUAAUAUUGUGUAGGUCCCCCUCGU